CAGAAUGAACUAAUAUUGCAGCAUGAAGUGGUUCAUGAGCUACUGUUAAUAUCAAUUUUGACAGACCUGUAGUACAUUUGCACUUUCUAAACCUUCCCGAAUAAGAGAUAAAGACAAAUAUUCAAUCAAUUAUCAACUGGAAUCCCAUGGCGUCCAACACCAAAGAAUGCCCUGUCCAUUCCUAUGUCAGGAGUGAUGAGAGUUUGGAGCACAACCUGCCCCUGAUGCCUGCUUGUGCAAUCAAAGUUGAGUCCAAAGCCUUGGACAUGGAUACUCCCAAUCCAGUCAUCCAAGUCCCUGAAAUCUACAUCAAGCAGGAGCCUGAAAAUGAGAACUCGGAUGUAACUGUGAAGGAGGAACCAUUUCCAUAUGGUUCUCAGAAGGAUGCUGAUGUGUCAGCCCUGGCAUCAGCUGCUGGCGACGCUGGGUGCAAACGGCGGGCCUGCAGAGACUCAAUCCGUGAACCACCUGAGCCUCAGGAGAGGCAAGUAUACAGAGCAAGAACAUAUAUGAUGGAGAGCUCCUCGUCUGACGAGGAUUAUUUGCUGCUAGACAGCAUCCUUCCAAAAGUUAAAAGGAAACGAAUGCCAGUGCAUGACAUUAAUAGGAGGAGGAAAGACUUGGGAGAGUACCAUCAUCUUUUCAGAGAUCUCAAAAAUGACAAAUCACGUUUUUUUGCAUACGCAAGGAUGACACAAGAGACCUUCAACUACAUUCUGAAGAGAGUUGAACAUCGACUUGUGAAACAGUGGUGCAACUUGCAUCAACAACCUAUUCAACCUGAAGAACGGCUUAUUAUAACUCUUAGAUAUCUGGCCACUGGGGCAUCAUUUCAUACCCUUUCAUUUUCAUUUCGAGUGGGGGUGUCUACAGUUAGUAAGAUUGUUUCAGAAACUGUUGGGGCAUUGUGGGAAGAACUGCAUGAGCAACACAUGCCAGUACCCACAAAGGAAUGUUUCAGAAAAAUUGCUGAAGAUUUCUACAAAAUUUGGAACUUUCCUAAUUGCAUUGGCUCAAUAGAUGAUAAACACAUACGUGUUAAAUGUCCAAGCAAUUCAGGAUCUAUGUAUUACAACUACAAACAGUUUUACUCCAUUGUCCUUCAAGCAGUGGCUGAUGCUAACUACAAAUUCGUUUUCAUAGACAUAGGAGGUUUUGGCAAACAAAGUGAUGGCGGAACAUUCCAAGCCUCGGAGCUUUCCGAGGCUUUGAAAUAUAGAAAUUUGGAUAUUCCUGAGCCGGCCUUCCUACCAAAUACAGCAGUCAAAGUACCAUACGUACUUGUGGGGGACGAAGCAUACCCACUAAUGCCAUUUUUGCUAAAACCAUAUGGAGGGCAUAACCUAACUAUUGAAGAUAUAACCUUCAACCAAUGUUUGUCAAGAUGUCGGAAAACCAUUGAAUGUGCAUUUGGAAUAAUAUUCAGUAAAUGGCGUUUAUUAGCGACAUGUAUUGAUACCAAAGUUGAAGUUAUUGAUAGCAUUGUAAAAUGCAUAUGUGUACUGCAUAACACAAUCAUAGACAAGGAAGGAAUUGAACAUCAUCUAACUGAGACUGUUAACUCAGGGAUUGAAGAACAGAAUCCUGUACAUCAGGUUGGAAGGCUGGCAAACGAUGCUGUGGAUGUGAGGGAAAUAUUUAAAAAUUUUCUGUUAAACAAUCCUUUACUACAUAUGCCCCAGACAUGAUAUUUGCAAUGUUACUUGAGAAUGCUAUAUAGCUACUUUUACUAGCUACGAGACAAUUACUUAUAUUUCCAUUACUAUUUGUGUACAUAGUCAUUGUACAUACAAUAACACUAUUAUACCUUCAUAUUUCCUGUUUCAUCCAUUGUUUUACUUAUCACUUAUCGAAUAUAAUACAUCAGCUUUUAAGUACUGUAGAUUAC